AUGGAUCUUGUCAAUGAAAAUUUACCAAUUGAAGAUCUAUUUGAAAGAUUUCUACGGUAUCGUGGAGUUAAUAGAGUGAAUAAGACUGAGGAGGAAGUAAAUCCUCCGUCUUCCAGGGAAUUAAGAAGACAGUAUAAUUUGUUUCCUUCUAGUGAUGAUGAUGAGAUGAUAAAUUCGGAGUCUGGAUCAGACUCUGAUUUGGCAGUGUUCGAUGCCGAUAAUGACCAUGAAAACAUUGAUUUCUUUCGGAUUACUAGAAAUGAUGACAACAUGGAUGCGGAUGCGUUCUACAUUGAUCGAAGAUACAGCUUUCAGACGAUGGGCAAUUCAGAUUUUGAAUCUGAAAGUGGUGAAGAAGAAUUGAUCAUUGAUAGGAAUUCAGAAUACAUUUCUGGUAACAAUUUUGAAGACAGAAGGUAUUCUAAUAACUCCAAAAACAGAAUUAAAGUUAUCAAUAGUGAACUAUCCUUAUCUAAGAACGAUAAAUUUCCUCCCCACAGUCAAGCGGCUUAUGCAGAAUGGGAAUUUCAUGAUUCCAAAACACAGUCAGAGAUAUUUUCGAAGGAUCAUGAUACCAAUGGCGGUUUGUAUGAUCCAUUCAAUCCAAAUUUGACUACAAUUGAGAACUCUGAUCCUUCAAGAAUCGUGAAAGCACCACCCGGAAGUAAGUUCAGAGAUCUAAUCAAUUUGGAAUCAUUGGGAAUCCGUAAGUUGUUCCAUCUAGAGAGCAUUCGAAAAUAUAAGAAUAAUCUUUCAACUAUUAUUAAAGAUCCCCAAGGCAAUGAUUAUUUGGUAAUGGGUUCAAAUUCUGAAAUUUUCUUUUUCGGAUUCAAUAGUGUUACGCAGAUACCUAAUAACAAAAUGGCUCUAAGAUUUGAUACAAGGCCGUCGUUGACAUCAACUACUGAUCGUUUGAUUUCAACUUGGCCAUAUUUUCCUCAUACAAUUAAUUUUCUAAAUGUGUAUGACAAUUUCUUGGGAAAGCAAAUACUUGGCGCUUGUCUUGAUGAUGGAAUGUUGAUGAUCUGGUUUUCUGAAACCAUAACUGCAUACAUGAAUAAGUUUAAUUCACGUAAGACAGCAUGUCCUUAUAUGAGUCACUUAGGUGGUGGAUCUGGAUUAGAAGAGAAUUUCUAUGGCUUGAAAAUUAAACCAGAUUUCAAAAUUAAGCUAGAAGCUUCAUUGUGGGGUUUAGAUUUUUUAAGUUACAGAGAUAAGCAUGAGACGCAACAUAAUCUUAUAGUUGCAUCAGAUAAUUCCCAGAGCGUUACUCUUUUCUAUUAUCACCAGCAAGAUGAGAGAUUUUAUCAUUUGAAGACCCAUCAAAUAUUACACAAUAUACCUGAAGUUUCUUUUUUGAAUUAUGAAAUCUUAGAUGAUGGGACUCAUUGUGUCAAAAUUGCUUGUGCAUCAAUCUCAGGAGAGUUGAUAGUCUUCAAAUUCAGGUUCAAAGUAAAUCAAGGUCCUGUUAACAAGGAUGAAUAUGAGUAUUUUAAAAGAGAGAAAACAUUUUAUGUGGAUCCAACAAUGGAGCAAAUGGAAAAUCGUGAAGAAUUGAAUGAAGAAGCCAGAAUAAGGUGGUUCAAAAGAAUUGCAUUUUCACGGCCAGUAGUAGUUAAUAGGACCCUUCUAGGCGAAGAUUGCUGGACAAGUAAGCCUUUGAAUUCAAAAUAUUUCAAAAAUGUUCAAUCUUUGAGGGCAAUGGUAGGUGAUCCUUGGAUAAAUGAAGAGCAGGAAAUUGAACAUAUCAUAAACGAGUCGACAAUACUCGAUAGCUUGUAUGAUCCUUUAGAGUCGAGUCAUUUGGGACUAGGAGCAUGCUGGCAAUUUUUUGAAGCCCCAGUCGUUAGUCUUGCCAGCUCUUCUAUUCAGCACCAAGAAUAUUUAUUUAAGUCUGCAAAGCUCACAACAGUCGAUGAUGAUUAUAGGCGUAUACACAAAGGAGUACUUAAGACUGGUCAAAAGCUUUUUAGCAGAAAUAAGUUUAAAUCUCUCAAUGAUAAAAAAUAUCGCCUCCAACUUAAAGAUGAAGAGGAUAUGGAUUUCCUAUUAGUCUCUACCAGUAAGCGUUUGGGACUCUUUAGAAGUGAUACAUUGUUCUGUAAUUGUGCAACAAAAAGGCUCUUUGACUUAUCGAUUCCGUUUAAUGACGAAAGCAAAUCGUCAAACAGGAUCUCGAUAACUCAUGUCAUCCCGCAAAUUCUGUCUUUCAUCGCUGUUUCACAACAAGGGUUGGUUUCAGUAAUGAGAAUGUGUUGUCAUCGAGGGGUUUAUGGAAUGAGACAGGAGUAUAUAUUCCCAAACGCGUUGAGUCUAGCGUUAGGUUACCAUGGUUAUAGAACUAUCGCUGGUUUAGCUUGCAGAGAUGUAUCGGUAUGCUCUGCAAUCCCAAUUUUUUUAAUUUAUAUAACCUAUACUGAUGGGAUCGUAAUUACUUGCAAACUUUCAUUGAAGGACGAUCUAUCCAUCGAUUAUUCAUUUCUAUAA